AUGAAUGAUCCGCCAUUAAAGAACGUUACGGCAAGGGAGGCACUUGAUUUUUCAAUGAAGGAUCCGCCAUUGAAGAUCGUUGCAGCAAGACAGGCAGACGCUCCUAAAUGGAUCUCCAAUCUCUGCCGUCUCAAACCAUCUCUCGGAGGAGCCACCGGUGCUCCUAUAUGGACAGUCCACCCACUGUCACCAUCGACCAAUCUCGGCCGUCGCGAGAUCCAAGUCACAGAUCCGCCACUCAGGGUUGGAUUUUCUGCCGCGAUGACGUCGUUGAUCUUCUCUCCGGUCAAGAAUAGCCUGACGGCUCCGGUCUCCACUUUGACUUCCGCCGUCUCCGUACCAACCCUCUCUUUCUCUUCCCGAAAUUAG